GAUCAGUGUUGUGUGCUGACGUCAGCGGAAGAGGCGGGGCGUCUGCGUCAGCGCACGGUGGUUCUUCAUAAACGCGGAAGUGAGCUUUUCUGUGUGAAAUAAACAUAAAUCAACAGUCACACAUAAACACUCUUACAGAGGUCUGUGGAGGAGAGCUUCGCCACACAGGAUGAAUCCUGCUGCUCAGCCUCUCCCCGUGCAGGACGUCCAGGGUGACGCGCGCUGGAUCUCACAGCACGAGCGCUUCGUUCAGGAGUGUAAGGACGCAGAACCCGAAGUGCUGUUUAUCGGAGACUCCAUGGUUCAGCUGAUGCAACAACACGAGGUCUGGAAGGAUCUGUUCUCUCCGCUGCACGCGCUCAACUUCGGUCUGGCUGGAGACACGACCUGUAACGUUCUCUGGAGGAUGCAGAACGGAGAGCUGCAGAACAUCCAGCCGAAGGUGGUGGUUCUGUGGGUCGGCACCAAUAAUCACCAGCACACGGCGGAGCAGGUGGCAGGAGGAGUGACGGCCAUCACGCAGUUCCUCAUCUCACAGCUCCCUCGCGCCAAAAUCGUCGUGCUGGGUCUUCUUCCUCGCGGAGAACAUCAGAACCCGUUACGCGAGAAGAACGCGGCGGUGAACGAGUUGCUGCGCUCGUCGGUGGCGCGGCUCGGCCCGGCUCAGUUUCUGGACGUCAGUGCCGAGUUCGUUCAAUCAGAUGGAAGCAUCUCAAAACAUGACAUGUUUGACUUCCUGCAUCUGACAGCGGCUGGGUAUCAAACUCUCAGCAAACCUCUGCACGACCUUUUGCUGCAGAUACUGGAGGAAACCACAGCUGCUAAAUAGACUUGUGUCAGCACGCUGCACACAUACACAGCCGUGUUUGUGUACAAAAUCAAGCCUCUUUCUCUUCUCUGGCAUGAGGAAAGCAUCAGUAUAAAUAUAUUUUCUCUUCCUCCAAUUGUUGUUACUGUAACAUAUGUAAACAUAACCAUGUUAAAAAUGCUUUACAAUAAUAAAAUAUGAAAUAAACACUUUUAAAUGUGAGAACUGUAUUGGCGGUUAGUAUCGCAUUCAUAUGAUUCACUGCUUUUAUUGAUGAAUUGUGUAUUUAGUGUAGUGCUCUCAAACGAUUCAUUGCGAUUAAUCACAUCUGAAAUUUUUAUAUAUGUGUGUUUACUGUGUGUACUUAUUAUGUACAGUUAAAAGUUUUUAAGAUUUUAAUGUGUUUUAAAGAAGUCACCAAGCCUGCAUUAAUUUAAUCCAAAGUACAGCAAAAGCAGUAAUAUUGUGAAAUAUUUUUACUAUUUAAAAUCACUGCUUUCUGUUUGAAUAUAUUUUAAUAUGUAAUUGAUUUCCGUGAUCAAAGCUGAAUUUUCAGCAUUUUUUUAAUUAUAAUUAUGUUGAAAACACUUGAGUAGUGUUUUUUCAGGUUUCUUUAAUAAAUAGAAAGUUCAGAAGAACAGCAUUCAUCUGAAGUAGAAAUGAAAAAAAAAAGUCUUUAUCAUCACUUUUGAUCAAUUUAAAGCUUCUUUGCUAAAUAAAAGUAUUAAUUUCUACAAUUUCUCCUCUUGCACGCUUUUGAACGGUGUUACAAAAGCUUAUUUAGAUAAAUGGUGAUCUUUGGAUCUUUCUAUUCAUCAUAGAAUCCUGAAAAUAUGUACUCAAUUGUUUAAAUACAGAUAAUAAUAAAUGUUUGUUGAGCAGCAAAUCAGUAUAUUAGAAUGAUUUCUGAAGGAUCAUGUGACACUGAAGACUGGAGUAAUGAUGCUGAAAAUUCAGCUGCACAUCACAGAAAUCAAUUACAGUUUAACAGAUAUUCACACAGAAAGCAGUGAUUUUAAAUGGUAAAAAAAAAAUAUUUCACAAUAUUACUGCUUUUGCUGUACUUUGGAUCAAAUAAAUACAGCCUUGGUGAGCAGAAGAGACUUCUUUAAAAAACAUUAAACAUUUUACUGUUCAAAAAUGUUUGAUUGGUAGUGUAUAUAAACAUACAUUUGUCUUUAAAAACCUAAUAAA